AUGCCAGUACGUGACGCAGCCGCGGGAGUUCAGACACCCCAACCGCUGUCCACUGAGCCGUCUGUCUCUGGCCGAUCAAAGACAUCGCAAAAGAGCUUGCCUGUCGCUGGCAGUCUGGAUGAACCGACGGCGGGGCUCUGGAACCAGAGGCAGGAAAAUUCCCUCAUCGACAAGGUCAACGCCGACACCCCGACGACAACAGCGCCCGACUCCUCCUCGCAGCCAGUCACACAGCCCGGCAGCAGACCCGACAAUAUACUGGCCGAAUCGUUGCUGUUCACGCCAUGGCCCGAGGCGACCCAGGGGUCUCUGAAAGCGUCGCUAGUGUCGCGGGGAAAGAAGGAGAGCGCCGCGAUCGAUUCUCGGCGUUCAUCUUCCGGUUUCGGUCCUGAGAAUCGCAAUUCCAGCAACGCUCCAAGAAUGACCGAUUCGGAUGGCUCGGAGUCGAGGAAUCCAGACGUGCAAGGCGAGGGUCAACUCGCCAGAUCGUCUGCAGGGAACGCCAGGCAGCCAAACAGCCGUCGUCGCACUUCCUCUCGCUCGGGACCGCUUCAGCGCAGAGCACAAAGUCUCGGCGACCCGGAUCUAGGUGUCUCUGGUUCCACAGCAAUGGCCGCCGGUGUCGCGGAUGCGGAUCCACGGAUUGCAAGCAAAGCCAAAGCCAGCUCGGCCCCUAAACAGCAGAGCAGCGCUCCAGCUGCGCUCUUUGCCUCGCUGGCAUCGGCCGGCAUCCUCUCGUCCGGCAAUGGUGUCUUCAAAACAGGGCCGGAAAGACUUGAUUCCAUCUUUAGCAUCACGCGACUGAAGCUCAAGAUGCACGACAAGCGCCAUCGAAUUCACCAGCGCUACUUGCAUCGUCAUCGUCACCACCAUUCCGAGGCAGAGCAAGAGGACCAUCCCAAGGAGGCGGCGUCUACCAGUGCGCUUGACGUGCCGGCAAUCAACGACCCGUCGGCUGAGGCUGCGGCCGCCGUGCAUCCUCCGCCACAGCUGACCCAUCGGUCGCUCACGCUGGCUCUACCGGGUCAGAUCGAUGCUGCGCAUCUGUACACGGGUGUGUCGCUCACCGGACCGACUGAAAAGUUCAUUCAGCGCUACCAGGAGCUUAUGGUGGAGCGCCUUCACCAAUCCGAAGCAGAACAGGCUCAGGCAGAACCGCCGCACGUCAGAGCGCUCAAGCCGCAAGGUCCAUACUCUGAGGAUUUGCCGCGCUCUCGACACACGCUCGUUGUCACAGUGCCAUCGCGCCCGCGCCUGUACGGCAUGCGCAUGUUCGACCCAACGUGUCGCGCAGAAGUUCAGGCAGCGACCGCGGAUGCAGCCAUGCUGAGCAACCCCAGCACACCCAACUCGUCUUCAAGUCGCACGGCCAACAGCAGCAAACGCAGUAGCAGCAUGCAACCGGCUCCCUCGGCUGACCAGCAACCGCAACCGCCACAGCAACCGCAACAGCAGACAUUCACAAGCAGCGGAGAACAGCCGCAGCCAUCAUCAUCCUCGUCAACCACUCCGCCAGUGCUGUAUGAACAACGUGGAACCAUCGUUCCCACGCAAGAAGAUGCCGCCUCCAGUUUGCAGCUGCCUUCAACGCGUCGCAUUGCGAAUACACGGCGGCCGCCGGAAGACUGGGUGAUGGCCUUUCGUCGCUGUUUCCAGCCCGAGGAUACCAUCACCGAGUACUUUGAGCUACUGCGAGAAAUCUACUUUGGCCGUCGUCACAAAAAGAAGCGAGUUCGCCACAACAAGAAGGCGCCGCUCAAGUUUGGUCCCAACAACCGCAGCCGACCCCAUGGGCGGCUUCACAGCCCUUGCUCGGUGGCAUCGCUCCGCGCUGCGUUUGGUGGAGGCUCUCCGGAGCCGACAGUCGAGGUUGAAAAGCAUGCGAGAUUUGCCCAAGAAGAAGCCACUUCCAUCCAUCCAUCUCCCGAAGCCGAAGAUGCUCCGCUGAAAGAGGAAACCGCGCCGACCAAGCAUUCCGGAAAACGGAUUGCGGCUGUGAAGCGGUCCAUAGCAACGGCCGUAGCCAACUUGCGUCCCGACAAGAAUCACAAGCGGUCUUCUGGCAUCCCGCAAGAAGCUUCCGACACGACUGCCGACGCCGAGCCCAGCACGUCGCAAUCCAUCGCUGCUUCAGAGCGAGAGAAAGCCGACGCGGUGCUCCAUCCAGACGGCAUGGACGACCUAGAGGAGCCAGAGGACGAUGAAGAGUGGGAAUGGCUUGCCGAUGAUGUUCCUCCCAACGUCCGCCCGAUUCGACGCAAGAUGGCAAUGGCUUCGUACCUACUCAUUGCAUCGGGCCGCACCAAAUUGAAGGAAAUCCGCGAGCAGAUACAUCAGUUCGGCACAGACAAGCCGCAUGCCGCUGGCGGGUCUCACAGCCCAGAGCUGGGCGAUGAUAAAGCCGAGGCCGAAUUGGCACACUCCAUCACCCAGCAAGCGGCCCACAAGGCUUUGGCUCGCUCAAAGUCGACGGGUGCACUGCCGGUUGUGGCGGGUGGACUUGGAGCAGGCCGCACUGUGACCAGCAACGCCGCGAGUGACCACGCCGUCGAAACCGAGCCCGCUCCGCGGCGACGUCAUCUCCUCCGACGCCACCGUCGUCUCGAGACAAAGAGUAUGCACAGCAUGCCCAGUGCUGUUGUUGCCCCAAGUCCAGCACUGACACGACCACGCCGCCCAUUCUCGACCGGUUUGGCUGCCAUUUCGGAACAGACUCGAACUUCUUCGGCAUCCGCGAAUGCGCCUGGGGCCAAUCGGCGGGAGCCUGGUGUGGUGCAUACAGCUUGCACGUGUGGCGAGAGCAUGCACCAUCAUCACGCUCGUGAUUCGAAUAAUUUGGGUGUGCCAGUGCGAGAGAGCGAGGACGCAUCGGAACAAGGGGACCAUGCUGCAGAGUUGCACUCGUCCAAGGCAGACAUUUCUACCGCGGCAGUAUCCGAUCUACAGCCGCCGACAGAAACGUUGGCCGAAUUUGCCAGUAGACUGCUGCGCAAGGAGGAGCUCGCGCCUGCAGCACCAGAGCCAAACCCCGAUGGGCUUAUUCACCUUGAUCUCGGCCACGACACUGUUGGUGUAGCACAGUGCUUUGCUGCCCCACAUUCUCAAAGCGUUCCGACAGCAUUGCCCGAGAUCAACACCCCUCACACUGACUCCUCCGCCGACACACAGACGAGUCCAGAUGCACCCAGUCAGAACAAUGCCUAUGUCCGCGAAGGCAGCGUGACAAGCAGAGGCAUUCCAACCUUGCCAACCGCAACAAGGAGGCAGGUUCUCGAUGAUCCCACCACGCUCGAGAACACGACAACCGCUCGAACCGUUCAUUCAAGUAGCAGCGAUCAGUACAUUCCACUAUCGGUUCGGCGAGUGUUGGGGAUCAAGCCACAAGUCCCAAGUGCACCCACUACUGCCACACAUCUGCCAGACGCAUCAACCCUAAUCACGACGCAAAUUGACAUCCCGGCGGGAACGGUGGAACGCAUCGCAGACAGAAUGUCGCUGCCACCAGCGCUAUCUGUCGUGACCGGCCUUGCGCGUCAAGUGCAGGGUCGCCUGCUGGCAAUGCAAAAUCUCGUGCGAGAAAAGCACAAGGCGUCCAGCACUGUCGAGAAUGCCAGCGAGAAUCGACGGCAACAACUAGCUGACGCCCUGCUCCGCAACCAGCAGUAUCGACACGAGCUCGCCAGUUUGGAUGACCAGCUCAAAGAGCAGUACGAUGUGCUCAAUCGCUUUGCAACGGCCAUCAUGCGGGUGGAUCGGUACAAGCUUCGCCGCCCCGCGCUCGAACGACGUCGCGAGCUGCAGGAAGCGACAGACACUAUCAGUCGCACCAACGAAACCAUGUCAGAGCAGACAGACCAGCUUUUAGGAAACGAUGGCCACCCCAAACUUCUCCAGCGACAGACCAAAGAGGGUGACACUACGACCAGCGCGCCCCUGCCAGGCGACACCACCACUGGACUCCGUGGGUCUCAGCAGCCUCGAGAACCUGCUGCAGGAUCGCUACGAACUGCUCCGCCAUCAAGUGCGCACACACUCACCACGCCCGCGUCAGCACGCUCCAACCCCUUUGGACAGGAGUUUGCGCCAGACGACAGUUUCCGCCGCCAACUGAUUUUGGGGUGCAUCCCACUCCACCGACGGCCACACUCACUUUAUCAGGACUUUUUGACUGGCGCUGACAAGUCGCCCCACGAAUCUCGAUUUACUGAUGUAACGGACGACUGGACCGAGUUUAACGAGGCGCGGUACUCGGAAGCUGCAGCAAUCAAGGCACGCGAAACUGGCGUCGUCUUGCUGCCCACGUUUGAUGAAAUGAUGGAGAGGUUGGGUCGCGAUGCUGCUGGAAACAUGCAAGCGCGUACAACAACAACAACAUCAACCUUUUAUACGGAGACAGAGGCUGGCAGCCAUCCGGGCAUGCUGGGCAGCGUCAAGUCCGUGUCCGACGCCAACGACCCCAAUUGCAAAUUUGUAGUGGCUGCAGAGCCCACCUCAGACAUUCCCAAUCCCUUUGUCUGGCCUCCUGUGCCGAGUGUGCUACAAGCGUACGGGAUGGAGGACGACGAACGCGCGCAGAUGUGGAUUCGGAAGGAGCUCGGUCUGAGCCCGUCCAUGCCGCCAGUCCCGCGGUCUCUCUCGUCUGCAAAGAGCAAGGAUGUGUCGCCGGAUGAUGCCAUCGAAGAGUAGUUGAACCCUGGAUUGUUUUUUCUUGUUGUUGUUGUUUUGCAUGAUGUUG